AUGGACAAAUUCUUCGCCGAAGUCGACAAAGCCGUCCCAGCCUCGAUCGACCUCCUCCGCGCUGCGGUCUCCAUCCCCUCCAUCUCCGCCGACCCCGCCAACCGCCCCGAUGUCGUCCGCAUGGCCGGUUUCCUAGCCGAGCAGCUCGAGAACCUCGGAUGUUCCACGGUCGAACAGAGGGCGUUGGGUAAACAACCCGAUAAGCCCGACCUCGACUUGCCCCCGAUCGUGUUGGCACAGUACGGAGAAGACGAGGGGAAAAAGACCAUUUUGGUGUAUGGGCAUUAUGACGUGCAACCUGCGCUCAAGGAUGAUGGAUGGAAUACUGAUCCGUUCACGCUCACGAUUGAUGAGGAGACGGGACGCAUGUACGGCCGUGGCUCGACCGAUGACAAAGGCCCCGUGCUCGGGUGGAUCUGUGCGCUCCAAGCAUACAAAAAAGCCGGAAUCGAAGUCCCUGUCAACAUCAAAUUCUGUCUCGAGGGAAUGGAGGAAUACGGAUCCGAAGGCCUCGACGACUUGAUUAGGGAGGAGAAAGAUAAGUUCUUCAAUGGUGUCGACGCAGUAUGUAUCUCCGACAACUACUGGCUCGGAACGACAAAGCCUUGUCUAACUUACGGCCUCCGCGGCGUCUCCUACUUCAACAUCACCAUCGCAGGCCCCGCAGCCGAUCUCCACUCCGGUGUCUUUGGCGGAACAGUCCACGAACCCCUCACCGAUCUCUCCCACAUCUUCGCAUCCCUCGUCCUACCCAACGGUACGAUCACGAUCCCAGGCAUCAUGGACCAAGUCGCGCCCCUGACCGACUCCGAACGCUCCCUCUACCAAAACCUCACAUUCUCCAUGCACGAGCUCGAGUCCGCGUUGGGAUCUCAGACCCAAAUCUGCGAAGGGGUGGAAGAGACGCUGAUGAGACGCUGGCGAUACCCCUCCCUCUCCCUCCACGGAAUCGAAGGUGCGUUUUCGGCCUCGGGUGCAAAAACGGUCAUUCCGGCAAAAGUACAGGGGAAAUUCAGUAUCCGUACCGUUCCGGAUAUGGAACCCGAUCACCUGACCAGUCUCGUCAAGAACCACGUCAACGCCGUUUUCGAGGGGUUGGGAUCGAAGAAUACUUGUAGUGUUACGUGUUUGCAUGAGGGUCGCCCCUGGGUCGCAUCACCCGACCACUGGAACUACCGCGCUGCCUCGACGGCUGUGCAAUCCGUCUUUGGGGUCUCUCCCGAUCUCACACGCGAAGGUGGUUCUAUCCCGGUGACAUUGACGUUCGAGCAAGAGUUGGGCGUAAACGUGUUGUUGCUUCCGAUGGGGAGGAAUGAUGAUGGUGCGCAUAGUGUGAAUGAGAAGUUGGAUCGGGGGAAUUAUGUUGAGGGGAUCAAGUUGUUGGGGGCGUAUUUGUGGGAGGUUGCACGUGUCGAGACUUGA